AGUGGAGCGGAGGGGCGGGGCAGCGGAGAUGCUGAGGAGAGAAAAGACGUCAGAUAAAAAUCAGAUAAUCUGAAGAAGAGCGGAUCGAAGGUGCCAAAACCACCUGAUGCUGCAGCCUAAUCUGGUCCCCAGACACACACACACACACACACACACACACACACACACGCGCACACACACACACACACACACACACACAGGGUAACAUGGCGUCAGACCCGCCCAUCUUGACAGAGCAGGAGGAGCUACACAGAAGAGCCAAUCAGGUCACAGAUGAGUCCCUGGAAAGCACGAGACGGAUGAUGCUGCUGGUGGAGGAGAGUAAAGACUCCGGCAUCAGAGCUUUGGUUAUGCUGGACGAACAAGGAGAGCAGCUGGAGCGUGUCGAGGAAGGCAUGGACUCCGUCAACAGGGACAUGAGAGAGGCAGAGAAGAACCUGACAGACAUGGCCCAGUGCUGUGGUCUGUGCAUCUGGCCCAUCAGGAAACUCAAGGCCUUUGAGGAGAGCGGCGCGUACAAGGCGGUCUGGGGCGGAGCCUCGGGUCAGGACGGCGUCGUGUCCAAUCAGCCGCCGUCGUCACGAGUGGUCGAUGAGAGGGAGCAAAUGAUCAUGAGCGGAGGACACAUACGGAGGGUGACCGGUGACGCCCGUGAGGACGAGAUGGAGGAGAACCUGGAUCAUGUCGGCAGCAUUGUGGGAAAUCUGAAGAGUAUGGCUCUGGACUUAGGCAGCGAGAUCAAACUGCAGAACGACCAGAUCGAUCGCAUACAGGGAAAAGCCGUCCUCAACGUGUCCCGCAUCGACGCUGCCAACCAGAAAGCCAACAACCUCAUGAAGCGAUAGAGGAGGCGUCGCCCUCUUCUCCCUUUUCUAAUUCCUCCUGCUCGCUCCAACGUGCCGCCGCUGUUCUUCUCUUUCUUGUAACAUUAUUGCUUUUGUAUUCACAGGGACUUUCUCAGUAGUGAGGUCAUAGUGAGUGUUUCUCUUUAUUCUGAAUAUAUUCUGAUGGGAGUUAUGGUUUGUGCAUUUUUCACGGCUCUGUACAGAUACUUCAUUAUUGUACUUCUGUAGAUUUUUUUCUUUUACUCCACAUUUCAAACACAUAUCCAGAUUUUCUCCUGCUCACAUUUUCAAAACAGGCUCGUAACUUUAAUGCAUUUGAAGGAAAUUAUCCAUGUUUUUUAUUUUGCAUCAUCGACGUCGCCUUCCCAACAUCAACCCAGAUUCCAGGAGAGAAGAGGAAAGGAUCCGAUGUCCACGAUGAGGAGAAACAAGACGACGUCUUUCUUCUUCUCUGGACUUAAAGAAAACUUCAGUCAACACACGUUUUAUCCUCCUGGACUAUUGAUUGUUUUUUAUGUGGUUUGAAGUCACAAGUGGUUUAAGUGUAAUUAUCUCUGGAUAGAGAAACUUUUUACUUUUAUACUUUUAGUACAUUUCCUGCCUGAACUUUUACUGGAGUAAAGAGGUUGAAUCAGUACUUUGA